CGGACUCGCUCUGACCCAGCAGUAGUAUCUUCACCGGCUUCGAUUUCUUUUCGGCGGCGCGUUCUCGGGUCAAUUCUUGGUCAAUGAGAUCUGAGCGUUUUUUGGCCUCUCGUUCGCGUUGUACACGGGCGUCUCGAUCCUGAGGCGAUUCGUUGGGUGGGGGAGCAAGUAGUUGUGCGAACGGGUCAGCGUCCGUGGCAGUCAUAGUUCCUGCGCGGGAAGGGGUGAAAGCAGGCGUCCGGAGCUAGCCCGACGUCGAAUGUAAUGUUCGCUGAAGGCGAGAUGUAGUGUUUGGGGCGAUGUGCGGCCGAAGGGCGGGUAUUGAGGUUGUCUCGACGAAGAUAGUGAGAAUCAAUACCCGAGACAAAUGGGUUUGUUGCUGUUUGAUUUCUGUCAGUGUUUGGGCAAGCAGCCGAGGUUUGUCCCUCGCCGCUUUCUGUCAGCCUCCUUCAAAACUCAGUUAUACUUCGCGGUCUGGAAGGCAGUGCAGUCCGAUGUGAUGACAUCUAUCAAGCUCGAAGCAGAGCAGACAUCUUGACGAGAACUGCGUGUCCUUUCCUGAUGAUCUGGAGUGACGGUUGCACUCAGAGCGUGCGCACAAUCUCGAGGACCAUGGCAGAAACGCGUUUCAACAACAGAACUGCGUGUAGGUCUCGUCUGGCUCAACGUUAACAAGGAUCUCCACGGCUUUGGCAUGAUCACGGGACCUAGCGCGUCAUUCCCACACUACGUAUCCGACGACGUCACUCCCCCAGUCCUGGCCCAUGGGCUGUUAUUUAACGGAUGCCAUGCGGACUUAAUCCGCCAUCUUACCAUCAUGUCUCUCUCCGUGUAGCCGCAACCAGUGCUCGUACCCUCAGCCGUCAGCGUCAGCUUCCUGGUCGCUCUUAUUCCUCGGCACCGCCACCCCCACAACUGCAGGAGAGCCCCAAAAACAGGACUCCGCUGUACGUCCUUGGGGCAGCACUAGCCGCAGCAGGCGUCUAUUACUACUCUGCCAACCCCGAACGCGUCGACGAGUUGAAGGCCAAGGCCAAGGCGGAGGAAAAGGCUGCAGUUGGCCAUGCACAGGACAUGCGAGAUCAGGCCGUCAACUCGAGCAAAGACGGAUUGGCUGCCGCCCGAGCUGCCGCUUCUGACAAGGUGCAAGAGGUGAAGAAUACUCGCGAUCGUGUGAUGGCCGAUGCGGAUGCUCGUGUGCACAAGGUCGCAGACGACGCCCAAAGCAUGUAUGAUUCCGCCAAAAACUCCCUUCGCGGAGAACUGGACAGCGCGCGCACCUCUACCGAGAAUUUGUACAAGGACGCCCGCAACACUGCCGACGACAAAGCUGCGCAAGCUUCGCAGUCCUGGUCCAGUUGGGUAGGAUGGGGUCGCGAUAAAGCCGAAACCGCCAAGGAGAAGGCUGAGGAUGCACAAAAGAGGGCAGAGAAGGAGAUUUCAAAAGCCAAGGGCGCAUAAUUGCAAGCAAUGCUACAUGAACAUGUAAUUUAAUCCUAUUCAAUCGACCAGAUUAAAGCUAUGUUGAUAGCAUCAUGGCUCUAAGCAUAUUAGCUGUCGCGGGCACGUGUUGAUAGUACAGCCCUCGGCGCGCAUCUUCAACGUGGUUGCUUGCCAUGGAUAAUGACCACCGCUCGGAUCUGCCUAUGCUCGUGAGCGAGGACAUCGAGGCGCGGGGUGGCUCAGGUUAUAACUCUGGUGCUGAAGCUGAAUCAUCUCGGAGGCAUUCACAUCGAUCAAGAGAUGACUCCAGGGCAUCGUUUCAAGUGCUGGUCGACCUUCUACAUCAAGAACGUCGAGCGCACCAGGAAACAAAGCGCGAACUCACCCUCAUGAAAGAACGGCUACGCGAACAGAUGACUUCGACAAACGAAGCCGAGAACAAAGUUGCGACGGUACUAACCCGCCUUCGAUCAGUCAACGAAGAGCGAGUCUCUGCCGUACGUGAAACGUCACGGCUGAAUGAGUCAUUGGCUCUGUACAGGUUUCAAUUGGAAAAAGCGCAAAACGAGAUACACCGAGCACAGACAGUCUUCGAGCUUGUUGAAAAGGACAGAUACAAUGCUGAGGUGGCGGGAGUCAAAUCACGAACACUCGCACGUCAGCUGCACGAACAACAGAAGAUGUAUAAAGCUCUGGAGGAAGGCCGCCGCCAGGGAGCCCAGCAAGGCUUUGAGGCUGGACAAAGAGGCUACACUGCUGAGUCUGAAGGAAACAUUCCUGCUGAAGCCUCCGCAUCGGGUCCUUCAGAUGUGAUGGCGGAGCCAGAGCCGGCUUUUGAACGGCCAAAUCUCCAGUUGAAUCCAUAUUGACGCUUUCUGAAAGAUCUACUUCAGUUUAUGCACCGUCAGCCGUUCAGCAGCCCAUCCCAGUCCUAUCGCCCAUCGCCGAAUUUGUCACUCCUCCGGCAUCCGCACCAACGGGAAUCGAGGAGGGAGCGAGUCCAGCGCCUGUUUACGUUCCGUUCCAUGACAUUCGGCCGAUACCGAUCCACAACUCGAUGCCUCACCCCCACGAGAAGUGAAUCGCAUGCCGAUCGGGGUCAUUCCUGUCUCGGAUCCUGCGGGAGUCAUCCACAUACCCCCGGCCCAUGAGGUCGAUCCCAUCGCCGAGGCAACGUCACUGAGGCAAUCUGGAGUGGUUGUUGAGCCAACAAUUUCCCCGUCUGCGUUUGCGAGGGCUUUGUCCCCGGGGCCGCGGCGGCCACUCUCAGUGGCUGGGUCGGCCCAAUCGGGGCAGCACCGCACUCCCGCAAUGCAUAGUGAGAGCAUUAUCGUGCAAAUCGCAGUUCCAUGUCCUCCGGUCCUGUGCAUAUCAGCGUUCAGUCGCCAUCUACGGCCGAGUCUUCCGCUGGUGCCUGGAACCCCACAGCUGGGAGCAGGCUCUUUGACGACUCGGUCGAUACCAGAGUUGGCUUGGCGCUCACUAAUCCUUCUCCAUUCCCUCUCCAAGACUUUCAGAAGGAAAGCUUCGCACGCUCAAGUCUGAGUCACGAGAAUGACGAGAUGCCCAUUCCUGUCCCUUAUCCGACAGCUAGUCGUGUGGGCUCAGAGACGCCCCAAUCGCGCUCCAGCACUCCGUUUACUUUGACCACCCCUGUCCUGUAAGAUUAGAUACGAUCUGGAUUACAUAAGUAUUGAGCUGUCAUUCUUGAAUGCUGUGCUGGAUAUUGUGAUCCCAAACAAACUCAACUCCUUGUCAAUCCUCCAUGUCCAAAGUCUCGUUCACUGUUCGCAGACCAUCCCCUGUAUCGCGUGGCGCAUCUUCCGGUCCAGAUUCGGACUCAGGAUUCAAAAUUCCCGCUUUGCCGAGGCAUUUGGCUCAAGAUUCCACCCCCGGGAGCCCCCUCAGUCGCAGUCACACGUCUUCUCCCGCCACCCGAUAUGACGAUGAUUCAAGUGACGACGACGAAGAACAGGACGAACUGGUGACAAGCUUUGAUGCAAUGGGUGCUCAGCGGUUGCGUCCGCCGAAAAAGACACCACAAGGCCCAUUGAUCAUUCCCGCCCAAAAAAACAAGGACUGGAGGGAACUUGCGAAGAAGAGACGCGGUGCCAAUCAGUUUGUUCCUGAAUCGGGCAAGGCUGCUACAGGACAAGACGGCAGCGUUGGUGGACUCGGGACACGAGAUAGCAUCAAUUCUGGGCCAGUGCUCUCUGGUCUCCAAGUCAGAUCGAAGAAGGUCGUAGAAGAAUCGUCAGAGGAUGUCGCGAUGUCUGCAGAAGGCGAGGUGGAUAUGGUUGAUGUUCAAGAGGAGCCUCAGACGGAAGAACAGUUGGCACUCCGCGCUAUCUUGGCCGAAGCAUCGGGGGAGCAGCAAGGCAACUACUCCAUAGGCGUCAUCCCUCCUUCUAUUUCGGAAGAAGACGCUUUGAAGCGGGACAUUGACGAGCUGCCGGACGUUGCGACAUUAGACGACUAUAACCGGGUUCCGGUCGAGCAGUUCGGGCUCGCGCUGUUAAGAGGCAUGGGCUGGAAAGAGGGAACCGCAGCCUCGAGGAAGCCAGGGAAAGGCAUGGUGCAGCCCUAUCUUCCUGAAGCGAGGCCAGCCUUGUUGGGCAUUGGAGCCAAGGAGCAAGAGGUUUUCGAUGACGGAUCCGGCAAGAAGGCCAGCAAGCGCCCGGAGAAACGAUAUGUCCCAGUCGUCAGAAGAGAGACUGAUUCACGAGAAGGGUCUUCCAGUCGGGAUGUCUCUCGACGCAGUUCAAGGUCUCCCAGUCGCCGAAGGAAUUACGAUGAUCGCAGAAGCGAUGACAAGUAUCGAGAUGGCAGACGUGCCGAUGGGCGCAGAGACUCGACGCGGCGAGAUUAUGACGGAGACAGGCGCAAUGAUAGAGAUGACCGUCGACGAGAUUAUGAAGCAGAUUCUCGUCGGAAAAGGAGGGACUAGCUCGUACAUUCACCACAUAUUUCAUUCGCGGUACCGACUGUCUUGUGCUGUGCUAUUCUGGAGACUCCAAAAGUACAAAUCCGCGUGUCAUUUUCUCCAUUUAUAAAUGUGACAGUCGGUGGAUGGGAGGAA